GAAGCUGAGGCAGCGCUGAGAGCAGAGGGAUGCGCAACUGAAACCUCCUGACUCAAAACUGAGAGAGAAGCUUUAGAGAGCUCCGAAGAAAUGAAGCAAGUCUGCAGCUUCCUCACGACAACGUAGAGUAGAAACAACUCCAUCACAACAUUGUGUGGAAGAGUUAGAAGGAGAGGAGAGGAGAGGCACUGUGGUUUUUAUUUCAGGUCCUUCUUUGGGGGAAUGGUGACGAGCGUCUGGAGUCUUCAGCCUUCUCCUAAUCUAGUACAAGAUGCCUGUGAUGAAGGGCCUCCUCGCUCCACAAAACACCUUCUUGGACACCAUUGCAAACCACUUUGAUGGCACUCACAGUAACUUCCUGCUGGGAAACGCGCAGGGUCGUCAUGGUUACCCCAUCGUGUACUGCUCUGAUGGGUUUUGUGAGCUGACGGGCUUCGUUCGGACCGAGGUGAUGCAGAAAACUUGUACCUGCGGCUUCCUCCAUGGAGCCGAGACCAACGAGAGUGUGAUCCAGCAGGUGGACAAAGCUCUGGAGGGCCAGCAGGAGUACCAGGGAGAAGUCUGCUUCUACAGGAAAAAUGGAAAUCCAUUUUGGUGCCUCCUGGAUAUUGUGCCAAUUAAAAAUGAGAAAGGUGAGGUGGUGCUGUUCCUCUUGUCCUUCAAAGACGUCAGUGAAUCAUAUGGGAAGAGCCAUCACUACAGCCAAGGAGAUGGUAUGUCAGAGGCUGCUCACCAGAGCAGGAAAAGCAAUCCAUCGCACUUUUCCCAAGCUCAAGAGAGAGGGAGGACCAUCCUGCACCACCUUACCAGCCUGUUCACCAAGAGGGGAAAGAGGAAACUGCCCAAUAGUGUGUUUCAGAAGCCGUCUCUACCUGAGUACAAGGUGGCCGCUGUUAAGAAGUCACGAUUCAUCCUUCUGCACUACAGCAUCUCCAAGGCUUUGUGGGACUGGCUAAUUCUACUGGCGACCUUCUACGUUGCUGUCGCCGUGCCUUACGACAUCUGCUUUGUCAGUCAUGACGAGGGCGGCGACUAUCACUCACUGGUCAGCCGCAGCACUAUAGGCAGUGACAUAGCGGUGGAGAUGCUCUUCAUACUUGAUAUUAUCCUGAAUUUCCGUACCACCUAUGUGAGUCAGUCGGGUCAGGUGGUGUACGACGCCCGCUCCAUCUACCUCCAUUACUGCACCACUUGGUUCUUUGUGGAUUUGAUCGCAGCGUUGCCCUUUGACCUCCUCUAUGCUUUCAACAUCACAGUGACCUCUCUGGUGCACUUGUUGAAGACGGUUCGCCUGCUGCGUCUGCUGCGCCUGUUACAGAAACUGGACCGCUACUCCCAGUACAGCGCUGUGGUCCUGACCCUGCUCAUGUCUGUGUUUGCUCUGCUGGCCCACUGGAUGGCUUGUGUCUGGUACGUCAUCGGACGCAAGGAGAUAGAAAGCAGUGACCCUGUUACCUGGGACAUAGGCUGGCUUCAGGAGUUGGGAAAGCGUCUGGAGACACCAUACAUCAACAGCACCAUGGGUGGUCCCUCCAUCCCUAGCGCCUACAUCGCCUCCCUCUACUUCACCCUCAGUAGCCUCACCAGUGUCGGCUUUGGCAACGUGUGCGCCAAUACGGACGCCGAGAAAAUCUUCUCCAUCUGCAUUAUGCUCAUGGGUGCCCUGAUGCACGCUGUGGUCUUCGGCAACGUGACAGCCAUCAUCCAGCGCAUGUACUCGCGGCGCUCUCUCUACCACACCCGAAUGAAGGAUCUCAAGGACUUCAUCCGUGUGCAUCGGCUACCGCAGCUGCUGAAGCAGAGGAUGCUGGAGUACUUUCAGGCCACCUGGUCUGUCAACAAUGGCAUCAACGCCAAUGAGCUGCUGCAUGACUUUCCAGAUGAACUGCGAGCUGACAUCGCCAUGCACCUGAACAAAGACAUCCUGCAGCUGCCUGUAUUUGAGCGAGCCAGCAGAGGGUGCCUGCGCUCCCUCUCCCUGCACAUCAAGACCUCGUUCUGUGCACCGGGGGAAUACCUCAUACGCCACGGAGAUGCCCUACAAGCCAACUAUUUUGUCUGCUCUGGCUCCCUGGAGGUUCUGAAAGAUGGCGUGGUCCUGGCCAUCCUGGGCAAAGGUGACCUUAUUGGGGCUGAUAUCCCGGAGCAAGACCAGGUGAUCAAGACCAACGCAGAUGUGAAGGCGCUGACCUACUGCGACUUGCAGUACAUCAGUGUGAGGGCUUUGAGGGAGGUCCUGGGGCUGUACCCGGAGUACGGCAGCCGGUUCAGCUCUGACAUCCACCACAACCUCACCUACAACCUGAGAGAGGGCAGUGAAGCUGACGGAGUAACGAAGUUUCCAUGGUCGUCCAGGCUGCCUCAGGGUCAUGCCUCUAAGGACCAUCAACUACCCUAUAUCGUUGAGGCAGAUGAUGCCGAACGUGGAGACGACAUGAGACACUCCCAGCAGAGGAGAGUGCCUCUGUUACCUGCAGGCAGCCCUGUCCGUCAGCCCUGCCUCGGCACCCUGUUAGGAGAGGAGCUCCGCCACAUCAACGCACUCCGCAUCUGUCGCUCACCGGUUCAGGGCGGCAGAGGCCCAAGCCCAUCUUCUCAGCCAUUCGCCCAUCAGGAGCUCUCGUCUACUCCUUUGUCCAGUCUUACCAGUGACCCAGGCUUGAACCACCGGCCUGCCAAUCUACUCAUGCCAAACUUACCUUGUAUUAGUCCACUGAACCUUAGCCCUAGGGUCGUCGAUGGAAUUGAGGACAAUGGUCACACGUUUCAAUUUAAUGUGGAGCAGAGCGAGACAAAGACUCAUGUAACAGAUCGGUUCCAGAUGAGUGCGAACCUGCUUCUGGAGACAGAGGAAGUGAGACAGAACAUCAGCAAACUGAACAAAGAGGUGAGCAACUUAAACCAAGAAGUAUCCAACCUGGCCAAGGAGCUCCAUGACAUAAUGCAUUUCCUCCAGUCUCACAUGGCCACGCUCCAAACACCUCCAGUCUCUUAUGGCAUGCAGCAGCAGCCCCAUGUCCCUUUAAAUAUCGCCACCGGUCUGCACCUCCACCAUGAAGCAAUCAGCCACCCUGCCAGAAAUGUGUGGGGCUGCAGCGGGAUGCCCACCCAGGGCAGAAAUCCCACCUUGCUGCACUCUUCAAGACCUGCGUCAUCCUGUUUACACCUGUGUUGCUCUGACAGAGAAGCUCAUAGGUUACAGAGCCAGUGUGGCCCCUUCCAGGCCUCCAGAACGACCCCAAACUCUCCCUACAUGACCCACACGCAUGCCCAGGGAGGUCCAUCCCUCCUGGGCCUCGCUUCUGCCUUCAGUAGCUUCCCAGUGAUUUGUCAGGCCCAACAGGUGCCCUACAAUGCCUCUAUUCCCACGAUGAGCAACUCUCACACGCUGUGUUCCCCAGUGAAUUCUGGCUGCUCCCAUCCACCUCUGAGUGUCCAAACCAACUCUGAUCCCAAACCCCAGACAUCCAUCCAUUCCUCCGUCACUUACACUGACCAGCCGCAGUAUCACACUGCCUUCAGCUCUCUCGCCCCCUCAGCAGCCCACGCUUCAACAUGCACAGGGCACAACCAGGGCCAACACGGCUCUAUCAGUGGCCCCAGGCAAAAUGACCCAGUGGGAUCCAGUCCUGUCCACCACACACAGGACCUUGCAUGUUCUCUGGUAACAGACAGAGACUGUAGAGCGCCACUGUAUCAAGAGAGGACAGACAAUAUUGAAUCUCAGGAUACAAGCGGCAGUACUCCAACUGUAGAAGUUCAACCACCUCUCUUGGACGUGGAGGGAAUACAACGCCCACUCUGAUGACCUCAGUAUCUUGUUGUGUAACUGUGUGAUAAAAUCUACCUUUAAAGACUUUUGGUGUAAAGUUUCCAUCAAAUAAUGCAUGAACAACUGCUGAAACCCUACUGCCACAACCCAAUAAAACAUUUUGUA